AUAAACGACCCGAAUCCCUUUGUCUGGCAGAGCCUGGUUCUUGCUUCAACAGUGUUUGAACGGGACCGGUUCCGCCGCCUCUUUGCACCGCCGAGAAGCCGCUUCUGCUUUCUACACCCUCGCUUGAUUUGACCCAGAGGGAGACCGACCGCCAGCCAGCCCCAGAGCGAGCCAGCAGCAGCUGCCCUUAGAGCCCGGCAGACCAGACGCCCGUCGGCAGCGCCUCGCCCGCCCCUUCCUCGGCACCACCGCGCUACCCGGAGCCAUGGAGUCCCAGGUCCGCCAGAACUACCACCACGACUGCGAAGCUGCCGUGAACCGCAUGGUCAACAUGGAGCUCUAUGCCAGCUACGUCUAUCUGUCUAUGUCGUCCUACUUUGAUCGGGAUGAUGUUGCUCUUCGACAUGUGGCUGAAUUUUUCAAGUCGCAAUCACAUGAGGAACGGGAGCAUGCCGAGAAGCUGCUAAAGUUCCAGAACCAGCGUGGCGGCCGUGUCUUCCUGCAGGAUAUCAAGAAGCCAGAACGGGAUGCUUGGGGCACAACUCUGGAUGCCAUGGAGGCAGCCCUUCAGCUGGAGAAGAACGUGAACAAGGCCCUGCUGGAGCUUCAUCGACUAGCGGGUGACAAUGGAGACCCACAUAUGUGUGACUUCUUGGAAUCUGAAUACCUUGAGGAGCAAGUGAAAGCAAUCAAAGUCUUGGGCGACUACAUCACCAAUCUCCGGCGGCUGGGGGCAAGCCAGGGUGGGCUUGGAGAAUAUCUCUUUGACAAGCACACCUUGGGAAAGAGCAGCAGCUGAGUGUGUCCACGUCCCUCUUGGGAGCACCCCCUCCGUGAACCCACAGAAAUCUACCCACUUCCAUCACCAUUGCUGUACCCCACUAAAGGGGGUUGUACCUGCCAUUUUUCCACUGGCAUGUUUCCAAUAAACAAGGGUUCACCCCUUUUUUAAAGCUCA